ACGAAUUUACGUGUGUACAUUUUGAAACUAUAGUGAAAACGUGUUUGAAAACUCUACUUUAACGUGACAUAAUUUUUAAAAUGCCGGUCGAUUCGCGUAGAUUGCAGGGACCUGAAAGUGCGUUUUCUUACACAUUGCUGGAAAAAAAGGAUGCCAACGCAGAAGAAUCUAUAUUAUCUGCUGAUAUGCAGAAAAUGUUGAUUGACAGCAAGCAAAUCCGAAAAGAUAAACGAAAGCCUACUGAUGCGAGACCACUAUUUUUGAGAACAGGAAUCAUUAGCCAGGCAAAAGGCUCAGCAUACAUAGAACAGGGCAACACAAAAUUGGUUUGUGGUGUCUAUGGUCCACGUGAAGUGCAGAAGAAAUCAGAUUUCAGACUAAAUGGUCAACUCUUCUGUGAAUUCAAAUUUGCCCCAUUCUCUUGUCAAAAGAGACGAAGUCAUCAACAAGAUAAUGAAGAACUUGUACUAAGUGGGCUACUAAGGGAAGCAUUGGAAGCUGCAGUUUGUCUUCAUCAUUUCCCCAAAGCUCAAGUUGAAGUCAAUGUUAUGGUUAUUGAAAAUGAUGGCUCACCUUUAGCUGCAGCACUCACCUGUGCCAGUUUAGCUCUUUCAAGUGCUAGUAUUCCAAUGUAUGACUUGGUGGUUGGAGCAUCAGUGAGACAAUUGCCCAAAGUUUUGCUACUUGAUCCCACCAAAGAUGAAGAAUGGCAACCAGAACUUAGUCAUGACCAAAACAACUCAAACCUUACUGUUGGCUAUAUGCCUUCAAUGCAGCAGGUUUGUGCCUAUGUACAUGAAGGUGUUUCAAACACAGAAGAUCUUGAACAGAUGCUGAAACUUGUGACAGAGUAUUGCUUGAAAGUUCAGCCGAUUGUACAACUUUGUCUGAAAGAAACAGUCGAGAAGAUGCUCGCAAACGAAGGUGAAAAUAAAGAUGCCGAAUAGAA